AAAGGUGUUGCCAUCUCAAGUCAGGCACAUACACAUUGAACUCCUUGAUUCAUAAACAAUCUCACAUCGAGGAAAAAGUAAUACAUACGACAAUCACGCGGAGUAUUCAUCUGUUGAAGCGAUUUGCACCUUUUUAUAUGCUUCGUUGGAAUCGCAUUGUGAACAUGGGGGUUGCGCACAUCCGUCGCUCUACAGCCGAUGCUGCUCGUUUCGAAUUAGUUUUUCGUUAUCAAAAUCCAGUCGUUGGCAUCGAUCGUGUUUUUAAUUUGCAGCGUGAUGUUAACGAAAGCAUACGCUCUACGCUCACUCGAAUCAAAACGAAUGUGGAGAAAGAACAUGGUAAGAAACUGAAAAAAAGAAAAAAACCAAAGAAAGGCGAAGCUGAAAGUGAAACCACACCACAUUCAAAUCCAGUUGAAAUUGAAUUAUUAAUGGACAAAUGUGAAACAACUACAUGGUCGGAGAUUUUUGCCAAUGUGGAUGAGCAUGAGUUUAAGGAAUCGAAAUUAAAAGUGUGCGAUCAGGAGUUUACAGUGGCAUACAAUUACCCAUACGUGCAAGAGCUUACAAUGCCAUCAACGAUACUCGUGGGAUUCGACUGUUAUCCGGCAAUAUUCAAGGUUGAAUUUACUGAACGGGAAAAGUGUCUUUUCGAAUGGUAUCGAGGAAAGCCCAGUCCGAAUGAAAACAGCCCAAUUACUGAUUGGGACAAAUGUGAGGAGGACGGAUUUUUCUAUCGAGUUAAAGUGUCCGAUUUAAAUCACAAGCUAAAAUUUGUGUGCACACCAAAGUGCAAUGACAAAAUUGGACCAACCGUUGAGCUCAUUUCAAAUUGUGUGGUUGAGGCAGGUCCUGGUUGCGAUGCAUUCGAGAAUAAGCAAAAAUUCACGCCAACACGAUUAGAAGGCACGAAAUUUCGAGUUGUAUCAUACAAUUUGCUAGCAGAUUACUAUGCAGACAGUGAUUUUUCGCGUACUGAACUAUUUCCCUACUGUCCACCAUUCGCACUAGCCAUUGACUAUCGAAAACAUUUAUUUAUUCGAGAAAUUCGAGGAUAUAAUGCAGACAUUUGUUGUCUUCAAGAAGUUGAUAGUAAAAUUUUUGAUUUGGAUCUAAAAUUGUGCCUCGGAAAUGAUGGUUUGGAGGGAAUUUUACAAAAGAAAGGCACAACACAAGAAGGCGUGGCAACAUUUUAUAAUCGCAAUAAAUUCGAUUUGGUACAAAGUUUGGGUUUCAAUUUGAGCGACGAUCUAAGCACCAAACCAUAUUUUAACGAAUUGUAUGAGAAAAUUAAAAACAACGAAAAAUUAUGCGAAAGAAUGGUAUCUUUGUCUACUGCACUGCAAGUCACCGUUUUAAAAUCAAAGGCAAAUGGUCAAAUACUCAUCGUUGCAAACACACAUCUUUACUUUCAUCCCGAUGCCGAUCACAUUCGACUGUUGCAAAUCGGCUUCUUUAUGCUGUAUGUAAAGCAUGUCUAUGAGAGGAUCAUCGCUGAACAAAGUCUGAAUGAAAAUCAAGUAUCGGUCAUUUUUUGUGGUGAUUUUAAUAGCGUACCAGAAUGUGGAAUUUACAAGCUUAUGACGGAAAAAUUCGUACCCGACGAUUUCAUCGACUUUCAGAGCAAUGCAGAGCAAGCAGUUACGGGUGUAUCGUUGCAACAACCUUUUGAUAUUCGGUCGGCAUACAACAAUCCGAAAUAUACAAAUUUCACGGUUGGGUUUGCAGCCUGUUUAGAUUACAUUUUCUAUCAAACAAACAAUUUGACCAUGCUACAGGCUGUUCCGUUGCCGAGUGAUGAAGAGUUGACAUCUUUGACAGCAAUACCGUCGAUUUUAUUUCCAUCCGACCAUGUUUCGCUUGUCGCCGAUUUUGAUUUCAUCAAUCAUGAAGAUGCUAAAAUCUAAACUAGUGCAACAUUUUCAAUUUUCUUUUAAAUGAUUGGCAAUCAAAUUGCAAUAGAUGUAGAUUUUCUUAUUUAUUCAACGGAUUUUAAUUUGUGCUUACACAUUUACAAAAAUGAAUUCUUUGCAAAUAAAUAUCAAUAAAUAACCAUUUCCAUUCA